AUGAAGAGCAGCAACUGGUCGCAAAGCAUGAGCUCUGUUGCAGAAGUCCCAACGUUGGAUUUACUGUGCUUUAAGAUUAAUGGUUCCUGCUACAGAAGCCUAUAUCCUUUCGGAAUCCAGUUUGCCAUCUACUUGGUCUGCACUCUUGGUGUGCUUCUGAUGGUCCUGGGAAACCUGCUGGUGGUGAUUUCUAUCUUCCACUUCAAAGUACUUCACACUCCAACCAAUUUCUUGCUGCUCUCCCUAGCCUUGGCAGAUCUCCUCCUGGGCUUAACAGUCCUUCCUUUUAGUGCAAUCCGCUCUGUGGAAAGCUGCUGGUACUUCGGUGAUGACUUUUGCCGGCUUCAUACUUUUCUGGACACGUUGUUUUGCUUGACUUCCAUAUUCCAUCUCUGUUUUAUAUCCAUUGACCGUCACUGCGCCAUCUGUGACCCAUUGCUCUAUCCCACCAAGUUCACUGUAAGGGUUGCGUGCACUUACAUUGCAGUGGGGUGGGGGGUGCCUGUGGUUUAUACCUCCGUCUUCCUCUAUAGCAAAAUAAUUGAGGAGAGUUUAGAUCAUUUCUUGCAAGACAUGCCUUGCAUUGGGAGCUGUCAGCUGCUGUUCAACAAACUCUGGGGCUGGAUCAACUUCCCAGUUUUCUUCCUCCCCUGCCUCAUAAUGAUAGGCUUGUAUGUGAAAAUAUUUAUUGUGGCAAACAAACAAGCCAAACAGAUAAGCAACAUGACUAGGAAUACCGGGAAUCCACAGCAUCAGUUGGGAGCCACAAAAAGAGAAAAGAAGGCAGCGAAGACUCUGGGAAUUGCAGUAGGAAUCUACCUCCUGUGCUGGUUGCCCUUUACCAUAGACACCAUAGUGGACAGCUUGUUGGAUUUCAUUACCCCACCUGUAGUGUUUGAUGUUCUUAUUUGGUUUGCUUACUUUAAUUCUGCAUGUAACCCCUUGAUUUAUGUGUUUUCAUAUCAUUGGUUCAGGAGAGCUGUAAAGCUUGUCCUAACCCGUCAGAUCUUCAGCGCACAAACGUGUACAAUAGACCUAUACCAAGAGGAAUAACCCAACAGCAAUAGUGGAUGAUAGUACAAGGAGGGUUGCCCUAAGAUAUUUCAUUGCCUGGAGUGGGAAAAUAAAUGGUGCACAUAUAUGCAGAGAUGCACACACUUGAAGCCAAGUUUCUAGUAGUUACAGUUGGUCAUUUUGACAUCUUGUCCCCUUCCUGACAAUAAAAUAAUAAUACAUUCAAGAACUGUCAACCUGUUGUCCUUUCAUGACACCCAAAUAAGCUGUUUGAGGUAAAAACCUCUGCGCUUAAUAGAAAGGCUGACCCUGGGGAUCAAAGAAAAG